AUGUUGCCCGACCGACUCGAGAUUGAUUUUUUCAACGGAGGCAUGUCUCGUGUCCGUGCGGGUGAAGCAGCAUGGGCAAAGAACGCGGAAUUCUUUGCGCUGACCUACGGCGCCUUGGUCACGCAGCUCAUUCAAGACUUCGAAGACUUGAAGGAAGUGAACGCGCAGCUAGAAGUGAUGGGGUAUGGCAUUGGUAUUCGUCUCAUCGACGAGUUCCUGGCAAAGUCGGGAGUGACCGCGUGUGCCGACUUUAAGGACACGACAGAAGUCGUGGCAAAAGUCGCGUUCAAGAUGUUCUUCGGCAUCAAUGUCGACGUCGUGCCCACCGACACGGCAAACGUGUUUCACUUGAUUUUGUACGAGAACCCGUUGUCAGAAUUCGUCGAAUUGCCGCCUCAUGCACACGGCGUACUGUCGUACUCGAACAUUCUGUGUGGGGUCCUCCGUGGGGCACUUGAAAUGGUUCAAAUGCGCGUCGAAGCCAAGUUUUCUAAGGAUGCCUUGCAAGGCGAUGAUGUGACCGAGAUCCGAUUGGAGUUCAAGGGCAUGAUCGAAGAGACCAUGGGAGACGAGUACAAGGAAGACUAG